CUAGUUAUUCCGUAUUUGUUAUGGUUAUAACGUUGGACUGGACUCGGUACUAAAGCGGUACAAUGAUUUGUAACAACUUUUGUAUACAUUCUUGCAGCAACAUGACAUCUAAUUCUUAUCUAGUAUGCUUAGCGUUGUUAUUCAACAGGUCAGUCUACCAUUUUCACGCCAUUAUAUCACCAACGCUUCAGGAAAAACCGUUUACGUCUACGGUGUGAUAUUACGUGAUCCUGUCCACUUUGAUAUUGAUCUGUUUACGACUCCAGAAGGAAACGACAGUGGAAUCGCCCUUCACAUCAGCGUUCAAUCUGCUGAAAAUGCUGUCUUUUUUAAUUCUAAGAUUGACGAUGUGUGGGGUAAACAGCUGAAGGCAGAUACAUUUCCAUUCCAAACAGAAGAAAAUUUUUUGCUCACCAUAGCAACCACAGAAGAAACAUAUGACAUCAAAGUGAACGAGGCACAUCUUUAUUCCUUUAAGCACAGAGUGCCGCCACAAGAGGUGAAACGCUUUGGCAUCAGUCAGCAAUCAGAAGAUGGAGUCAAGAUUACUCAAGUGCUUGUAUCAGGUUCGUGGAUUCUUGCCUCACUAAAUGAUGUGCAGGUGGUAUUAACCAGCGCUGCUUCAACUGUUCCUCAAAAGUAUCUAUUUGUACAGAGUGAUGGAAGAACUGUUGGCACUACUGCAACCAAGUCAUGUGAUACAGCGAAAUUUACUCUCACUGGUAACAGCAAUCCGUACAAGCUAAGAAACGAUAAAUUCUCUGACAAAUUUUUGACAAUCAGAGAGAAUGAACUCUUUGCCGAACUUGAUGAUUCUGCUGGUUCUUAUGAUGAGUUUUAUGUCACACAAACCAAUGAUGAAUACUAUACUUUUGAGUCUUAUGAAACUUCAAGGAGCUACAUUGGCGUCAACCAGUCAGGAAAUAUUGUACCACCGGACGAAGUAGACAGUUCUGAAUCCAAUUUCUACAACAGUUUGUAGCCGUGCCAAUCAUCACAACUGCAUGGUUAGGUUGCAAACUGGAUGCAAGGCACAUCAAUUAUAAUAUCUAGCUAUACUAUGACGAGUGUAGGUGCGCGUGUGUGUGUACGAGUAGCAUAUGAAAUUGACUCGCGUGUUUGAAUGCUUUGCCAUGUUCUAGAUACCGAUUAUACUCACUAACUGCAUGAUUAUCUCGUUUCCUCACUUUGA